AUGUUACACAAUAACGGAACUACCGUUAGCAACUCGGGACAGGCCAUUAUUCAAUAUGGAUCAACCCAAACUAAAGACUGGUGGCCAGCCAUUCUAAGUCCAGACCCCAACGAGGAGGAGUAUGUGAGGCUGGACAGCGAGGGUUACGUGGAGCACUACCAUGUUGAAUUCCUGGGGAAACCUCAUACCAGAUUCUGGGCUGCUGCCAAGCAUGUAGAACUCUACCACAACUCCUCCACUAAACCCAGAUACAGGAACCUGCGAGGCGCUAUGAGGAAGUCGUAUGAGGUGGCGAUGGAGGAGGUGGACAAGGUCAGGGAGAUGGGCUGUGAGGAGAGACUGCAGAUCAGCCACUUCCAGACACAGGAUUUGUUGAGUCAGGCUCAGAGGUUAAUGCAUGCUAUUGAGAGGAUGCUCAGACAAUACUCCAACCAGCAGGACAACCAGGACAAGGUAGAGACAUUUUAGGUUCUAGUAACUUCUGUAUUUUACUAACAAUCUCCUGGGUAUCCAGU